AUGAUUCAAAUCUUUCAAAGUACUGUUUAUCCACAAGAAUAUCAUGCAGCUAUUUGUAGAGACAUUGAACUAUUUAUCCAACGCUACAACACAUUACAACCCCGACAAUUCAGUUCUAGUGUAGGAAAUUUGAUUGCUAUUUCAGGUUAUCUCCUAUUUAACAUCGGAGGAACACAAAGUUAUGUAAACCUUGAUAUCACAUUAACUCCAAAAUUCCCAAUGAAAUCUCCAUACAUUCAAUUUAGAAUUGAUCCUUCUCAAAUUUGCCCAUCACACGGUCUCACACCUCAAGGUGUUGUUAAUAUGCCUGUUGUACACAACUGGGUAUUCAGACAAUCAACUUUGCUUCAAAUGGGAGAUGAUUUAUAUAGAUUUUUCAUGCAAAACCCUCCGAUAAUGAUCCAGACACCACAGCAAAUACAAGGCUAUGCUAAUGCACCACAACAAAUUGAACAAAAACCGCAAAUUAACGUUGAAGAAUUAAAAGCUGAAGCUUACGAUGAUGCAAAUAAACUAGUUGAAGCAUCUAAUAAAGCACAAGCUGAAUUAGCCUCUGUUUCAACGCAAUACGCUUUAAUGAAACAUCAAAUCGCUUUAUCUCAAAAAGCAAUCGAAGAUUACAGAGCUAGUGUUACAGCACAAGCCACACAAAACUAUGCCCAAGGCUAUGCUCUUAAUCCAGAAGUAGAAAUCGAAUUAAGAUUUGAAGCUUCUCGACAAGCUUAUCAAGAAACAAUUGAAAUAAUCAAACAGAGCUACCAAAAUAAGAGUAUUACAUUCGAUGCCAUGUUGAACGAAAUUCAAAGUUUAUCAAGGCAACAUUUCUUUGAUGGAAUCUCAGAUAAGCUCAAGACAUAUCCGAAAGAGUCAUACACAGCAUAA